AUGGCCGCCGCCGUCCUCGACAACGCCAACCCCACCAUCCUCAGCGCCGAGCAGCUGCCCACGCGCCACUCCAAGGCUGCUCCACGAGAGGGGCCCGACACCAGGUAUGACGCCCUGGUCCGCCAGCCGCCGUCCUAUCUGUCCCGUCCUUUCUGCGACGCCAGUCAUGCGUGGCCGACUGCCGCCGUGAGCCAUGCCGCAGACCCUAUCGAUGAACAGGAAAUAUACGAUCUCAUCUCCACAAUAUCAGAUCCUGAGCAUCCUGUCUCGCUUGGCCAGCUGUCCGUCAUCAACCUCCCGGACAUCCAAAUCACUCCUUCUCCUGCCCUAGGUGUGCCACACCCAAACACAAUCGUCCAGGUCUCGGUCAAAAUCACGCCCACCAUCACCCAUUGCUCUCUCGCAACCGUCAUUGGACUGGGCGUCAGGGUGCGCCUGGAACAGGCCCUGCCGCCCAACUACCGCGUCGACGUUCGCUGCAAGGAGAACAGCCAUAGCCAGGAUGACCAGGUGAACAAGCAGCUCGGAGACAAGGAGCGAGUCGCCGCUGCCCUGGAGAAUGAUACAUUGAGAGGCGUCCUAGACAAGAUGCUGGAAACAUGUUCUUGA